AUGGGCACUGUGCCAGGCCCUGCAAUGUGUCAGGUUGUGCCUGAUCCUCCAAAGAACACAACAAUUGUGUCUGCUCCAUCUGGUGAAAUAGCUGAGGGAACUAGAGUGACUCUGACCUGCAUGAGUGAAGCUGACCCACCAGUACACACAUACACCUGGAUCAAGAAGAGUGGAGCUGUAGAACUGAAGUCAGGAAAGGAGAACACACUCACCUUCAGCAAGAUCCAUUCUGAGGACAGUGGAGAGUAUCUCUGUCGAGCAGACAAUACGAUUGGUCAUCAGAACUCUCCUGCUGUGUCAAUCAAGGUGUUAUAUCCUCCAAAUAACACAACAAUUGUGUCUGAUCCAUCUGGUGAAAUACCAGAUGGAGGUAAUGUGACUCUGACCUGCAUGAGUGAAGCUGACUGUUUCCAUGUGUCCUUUUCUCCAGAUCCUCCAAAGAACACAAGAGUUGUGUCUGAUUCUUCUGGUGAAAUAAUUGAGGGAAAUAAUGUGACUCUGACCUGCAUGAGUGAAGCUGACCCACCAGUACACACAUACACCUGGAUCAAGAAGAGAGGAGCUGUAGAACUGGAGUCAGGAAAGGAGAACACACUCACCUUCAGAAAUGUCCGUUCUGAGGACAGUGGAGAGUAUCUCUGUCGAGCAGCCAAUAGGAUUGGUCAACAGGACUCUCCUGCUAUGUUCAUCAAGUUUUCAUCUAUGAGACAUGACCAGACCAUAUUGAUAGCAGUUCUGGUUGGAGUGGUGCUCUCUGCAGUUGUGGGAUUGUUCUGUAUCAUAUGCAGAUUGAGGCAAUCUCAACAGUUGGCUACAAACAAUAACAAGACAUCAGGGGAAGACAGCCAGGAUGGAAACCAUGGCAACAACAUGCAGAUGAACCUGAACCCCAACACCACCCAACCUGAUGCAGUCUAUCAGAGCCUGAACCCCAACACCAUGCAACCUGAUCCAGUUUACCAAACCCUGAACCCCUACAGCCAUACAAAUUAAGUUUAUCACAAACCUAGCAGCAGUGUAUUCUGUUUUACACCCAGAAAUAUAAAGCAGAGUAAAUAUAGACCUUGC